AUGGCAACAUUGAACUUUGCUUUGAAAAACAAUACCGGUUCUAACACGGUCUAUGCCUACAUUACAGGCCAGGCGCUUGAUAAUAACAAUGCGCUUUUCCUGUUGCGAUCUGAUGGCAAGACACCCUACUACCCAACCUCACCAUCGGCCACUGGAACUAGCCUGAGUCAGGAUUGUGCGAUUCCGCUGGGUGCAUCUGGAAGCACCAGAACCAUCACUAUUCCGCACCUUGCAGGUGCCCGACUGUGGUUCGCGCGAGACAACAAGUUGACAUUCUAUCUGAAUCCUGGCCCUGCGCUUGUUGAGCCUUCGGUAUCAAACCCAUCAGACCCUAACUAUAAUCUGAUGUGGGCGUUUUGCGAAUUCACCUGGAAUAACUAUCAGCUUUAUGCGAAUCUCAGCUACGUCGACUUCGUGUCGAUGCCCAUCGCCAUGACCCUAACCAACGCAGCUGGUGCAAACCAGACCGUCAAGGGUAUGCCAGCCAAUGGUCUCGAUCUAGUCUGCAAUGCUCUCAGAGACCAAAACAACAAGGAUAAGGCCGGCUGGGAUAAGCUCAUAAUCCAGCGAAACGGGGUCAACUUGCGGGCUGUUUCUCCAAACACCGGAAGAACCCUCAACAAUUCUUUGUUCAACAAUUACUACCAGGACUACGUGAAUAAAGUCUGGUCUUACUAUGAAAACAGCACCAGCAAUACUUUGACAGUCAACACGCAGGCUGCCGCCGGUGAUGUCACAGCCAAAGUUGCCUAUGAUGUCUUGUACUUCUCUGUUCCAGGUAUUUCUUACGUCAAGCCGUCCACUGGAGACAUCUUCAGUAACAGCUCUGGGUCCUUUGCUGUUUCUGGGAAUAGCACCAAAGACGCCAUUACAGCUCGUCUCGCGGCUGCGUUCAAUCGCUCAACCCUGUUGAUAAAUGGCAACCAGCCGAAUGGGGAGUCAGUCUCAAACUACUACAAGAACUCCGUGACAAACCACUACUCGCGCAUCUGUCACUCUGUGAACAUUGAUACCCGAGGCUAUGCAUUUCCCUAUGAUGAUGUUGCGCCUAACAAUGGCCCCGAUCAGUCUGGCAGUGUUUUUGAUGGCAAUCCAAAGCUCUUGACAGUCACUAUUGGCGGCGGCUCUAGUAACUCCGUCAAGCAGUCUGCCGUUGAGGAAGAUGCUACGCCAGUCCAGCAGCCCGCGGGGAAUAGACAAAGCAAGGACCAUGGAAGCCAUGGAAGGAAACCAAGCCGCUUCCAUGAGCUGAGGAGCAUUGUGGAUAAGCUGUGGCACAGGAAGAGCAAAACUUGA